AUGGAUAAGAUGUUUGCAAGAUUUGAAGGUAGAAAAGGUUUAAAAAAAAGUGAUUAUGUUGAUGUACAUGAUGAUGAUGGUAAAUGUGGUAAUGAUAGAGAUAAUAUUGAGUAUGUUAAUGUUGAUAGUGAUGGUGAGGAGUAUUUUUGUAGUGAACAAUUAGAUGAAGAAGAGAAAUUGCAUGAGAAUAGAGGUAGUAUGCAUGAAAGUAGUGAUAAUUUGCAUGAUAGUAGUGAUAAUAUUGUUGACGAAGAUGAGCAGAUUAGUAUCCGUUGCUUGAAUCAAAAAUUUGCUAAUUUACAAAGGGCGGAAAAUUUAUUUAGGGCGUAUGCUUUAAACCAUGGUUUUGCAAUUAAGAUACAAAACACGCAGAGGCGAGUCAAUGAUAAAUCCAUAUAUGGUCGAAUGUACGUCUGUAAUUUAGCAGGAGAAAAACGUGGGAAAAACCUUGUUGAGGACGAAGAAAUAUUGAUUGGUAGUGUUGGAAGUGUUAAGGGCAAACGGCGUAGAGAUGUGCUUCUUAGAAGUGGUUGCAAAGUUAGAAUAAAGGACAACAUGGGAGUAAACGAUGCUCAAGCCAGUUUGGAUUUGUUGUAUCGUUUGAAAGAAGAGAGUGGCGGUAAGUUUUUCAUCAAGACUCUCCUUGAUGACGAACAAAGAUUGAAGUGUCUUGUAUGGGUCGAUCCCCGCUCUAUGAUGGCCUAUAGAAAUUUGGGUGAUGUGGUUGCAUUUGACACAACAUAUCGAACUAAUAGAUAUGCUAUGCCGUUUGUGCCUUUCACCGGAGUCAACCAUCACUAUCAAUCAAUACUUUUUGGUUUUGCACUCGUGCGGGAUGAAUUGAAGACAACUUUUGAGUGGGUUUUGAGUACUUGGCUAGAGGCAAUGGAAGGCAAAGAACCCCUAGCUAUCAUAACCGAUCAAGAUCAAGCCAUGGCCGCGGCUAUUGAAUCACAACUACCGAAUACCUCACAUUUGUUAUGCUCAUGGCACAUUAGCAACAAAUUCCCAGAGAAACUUGCAACAUAUUACUCAAAGGAAGGGUUUAAAUUUGAUUUCAACAAUUGCAUCUAUCACUCUUUGACUGAAGUUGUGUUUGAGGAUCGGUGGAAGGCUUUGAUUUUGAAAUACAAUUUGGAAGGCAAUACAUGGCUUCAAGGGUUAUAUGCUUUGAAGCAUAAGUGGGUCGAGGCUUACACAAAAAAAACACUUUUUCUGCGUGUCAGAAAACCACAUCAAGAAGUGAAGGAAUGA